CUACAGUACUCACAAACCCUAGAAGCACGCAUCACUCCUCCUGUCCACCACACCACCACGCUCGUCCACCACUACCACCAGCUGGCAGCCAUGGCUGCGAGCACGAAGAAGCUCCGUCCGCUCCUGCUCACCCUCCUCCUGCUCCUCACCACCGCCGUCGCGGCGUCCACCAUCGACUGCGACUGCGACAAGCCGAAGGCCCCCAAGCCCUCCCACCCGCCCAAGACCAAGCCCCCCACCAAGGGCCCCAAGCCGGGACCCAAGGGCCCCACCUACCCGUCGCCGGCGCCCAAGGGCCACCUCCCGCACCCGCCGGUCGUCGGCCCGCCGAAGGGUCACGUCUCGCGCCCACCGGUCGUCGGCCCUCCGAAGGGCCACGUCCCCCGCCCGCCGGUCUACGGUCCGCCCAAGGGCCCCAUCACGCGCCCGCCGGUCACAGCUCCUCCCGUCGUCGUCGGGCCGCCGGUGACCUACCCCACGCCGCCAGUCACCUACCCCGCGCCACCAGUGACCGCCCCUCCAGUCACCUACCCGGCGCCACCAGUGACCACCCCUCCGGUCACCUACCCCGCGCCGCCGGUGACCAACCCCCCGGUCACGUACCCGUCGCCUCCGGUGAACACGCCGUGCCCUCCUCCACCGCCGGCGACGCCCGCGGCGCAGACGUGCCCGGUGGACUCGCUGAAGAUCGGGGCGUGCGUGGACCUGCUGGGCGGGCUGGUGCACGUGGGCCUCGGCGACCCGGUGGUGAACAAGUGCUGCCCGCUGCUGGAGGGGCUGGUGGAGCUGGAGGCGGCGGUGUGCCUGUGCACCACCAUCCGGCUGAAGCUCCUCAACAUCAACCUCGUCCUCCCCCUCGCCCUCCAGCUCCUCCUCACCUGCGGCAAGACCCCUCCCACCGGCUACACCUGCUCCAUCUAGUCGAGCUAAGCUCUGUGAGUCACUGAGCCAUGGCAAGUGGAGAUUGAUGGAUGGAUCGACAUGAGAGGAUGUCGAACGUCGUCGUCGCCUAUAGCUAGACAGCUAGUACGUAGCGAGCAAGAAGAAGAGAUCGAUCGAUCAGCUAGGAGUGGAUUGAUGAGUGCGUGUUUGUUUUUCCUCAUUUCUUGUGGUUUCCUUUUCGUGUUUGGUUAUUAGGUCUGUGUGUUGUGGUUUCUAGCAAGAGGUGAUAAUCGGUGUGUCUACUGAUCGAUUAAUUAAUUGUGUGGUCACAGCUGAUGGCCAAUUGGUUAA